AAAGCUGUCGAAUUGCGAGCAAUUUCAGCAUAUCUUCGGUGGAGAAAUGAAAAGGGGAUGGGCAGCAGUGCUAGCAUCAUGCGAUUCUCCAACCAGCCUCGCUUUAUGCGACGCAACAGUGACGCCAUUUCAUCUCGCACCGGCUUCUGCAAGCAUUGUGAAAAGUCAGUGGGAAAGUUGAUCUACCUCAGCAGGAAAAAAAUGAACUCAUACAACACAAGUUUGGAAUAACUUAAGGAUCCUGAAAUUUGAAUUUACAUUAUUAAAAUGGUGAAAAUCUUUGUUGGGAACCUCUCGCCGAACACUACGGCUGAGGAGAUCCGUUCCCUCUUCUCUCAGUAUGGCAAGAUCUCAGAGUGUGACAUUGUGAAGAACUUUGGCUUUGUGCACAUGGAUAGCAAAUCGGAGGCAGAUGAAGCCAUUCAAAAUCUUCAUCAUUACAUGCUGAAUGGUAUGGCCAUGAAUGUGGAGAUGAGCAAAGGGAAACCCAAGACCUCUACAAAACUCCAUGUGGGAAACAUCAGCAGUAGCUGCACCAACCAAGAACUCAGGGCCAAGUUUGAGGAGUACGGACCUGUGGUUGAGUGCGAUAUUGUGAAGGACUAUGCUUUUGUUCACAUGGAGCGAGUGGAAGAUGCUAUGGAAGCCAUCAGUGGCUUGGACAACACAGCCUUUCAAGGCAAACUGAUGAGCGUGAAGCUUUCGACUAGCCGCCUGCGUACCGCGCCGGGAAUGGGAGAGAGAACGGGUUGUUAUCGGUGCGGACAGGAAGGCCACUGGUCCAAAGAAUGUCCAUUGGACCAGAACGGCUCCUACAGAGAGGGCCCGAGCUCGGAAGGAUUUGGGCCUGUCAGGUUCGAUUCGGGCGGCGAUCGUGGCCGGGGUUUUCAUCGCGGCUUCAGUGGCGAGCCAGCCUACGCUGGCAGCUUUGCACCUUCACAUGGCUUCACCCGUGGAGCAGGGUAUGCUGUCCCUGGGUAUGGAAGGGGUGCGGGUUUUGAGAGUGCAAUGGGUUAUGGUAUGCCAGCGGGCUACGGUGUUGGCGCGGAUAAUAGCAUGGCUCCAGUGUACGGAAGCGAGGCUGCGUAUGGGACUAGUGGCAUGGCCUACCCCGGUGCGUUGCCUGCGUACCCGAUACGACGACCACCUUAUGAGGAAAGAGAUCCGUAUGGUGUAGUGGACUUCUACGAGAAAUAUCGGGCACGUCCGUACGGAGGCAGUUAUUUCGAAGAUAGACGCGCGGUUCAACCUCCUGUCCCUCCUCCCCCCACUUCUACGCCAGUUGUGAGAGAGCGCCUGCCCUCUAACCUUGUCGACCCAUAUGAGCGCCAUCCCCUUCCCCCUCCUCCGGCUCCCACCUCUUCAUACUAUGUCCGUGAACGGAGCCCGGUCCGACGAGCUCCACACGAGGCGGAGGGAUACGCGUAUGAGCGGUCGCGCCUCUCUCCCAUCUCUGUGCUUCCCAGGACUGCUGCGUAUGACGUGCCGCGGGAUCCAUACGCUGAACGGGCGCGCUAUGCUUACUAGCCUAAUUCCUGUGCGCACUCAGGUGAGAUCUUUUUAGGAUCAUAAAAGGUUAGGGCACAAACUAAAAGCUGUUUUCAGGGGAAUUACUAUCAUCAUUUAUUCACCCUCAGAUACUAUAUAAAAAAUAUAUAUAUAUACAUAUACAUACAUAAUGUCAAGACAUACUGAUUUGAAAUGGCAUGAGGGUUAAUAAAUGAUGAUGGAAUUUUUUUUUUGGAUGAAGUAGGUUUUUUUAAAUGCUGUCUAUCAUUGGGAAGCAAUUUUUAUUCAUGUCAAAUUACCUGAAUCUCACAUUUUGCAAUGUCCAUAUUACAAUUAUUUAUAACCUCAUGUAUUUAAACUAGAGGCCAAAUAUGGUCAUAAAUAUUUGACACAUUAUUAUUUUUAGAUGUAAUGAAUGUAUUACUUUACCUAUCAAGUGUCUUAUUUACAUUUCAGGUAUGACAGUAUUGGCACGUGGAAGUCCACUAAACUAAAGCCGGAAUGAUUGACAGUUUUGUGAUAAUCUCUUCUCUGUGCAGGUGGCUCUUGGUUGCACACGGAACAUUUUAGAAGUUGUGAUGCUUCCUGUCUCGACUGGGUCACAGGCAGUAGAGAUGGCCCACAUCUCGGCACUAAUCUACUUUUAUUGUCAUAAACUUGAUGUAGUCCUGUGUUUUUGUUUUAUUUUUAUUUUUUUUUUUAUUCUUGGUACAAAAAACUGUAAAUAUUUUCUUCAUUAAUUAAAAAAAAAAAGUUUA